AUGGCCGCUCCUCUUACCCACGCUAUCGGCAACACUGUCAAUCAACUGACUAAGGAAAAGAAUAUUCGCCUUCCUAGUGGAUGGACGAGUCGAGAGUACAUUGCCCAACACUUUUCACCAAACAUUGCAAGUGUCAUCCCCCCAAAGUUGAAGCACAAUUACAUCAUGUGUGCUCUGCAACAUCCACUCGACGACAGCUGCACUAGAAGCAAGGCGACUUUGUUCGGUAACGAAUUUUUGCGUGCUCUCAAGCUCUAUGUACCGCUGAACAUUAUUAUGACUGCAGUAUUCCGGUGGUCCCAGCUUAAAUCUGAGCCAGAAGAAGUCCUCGAUCGCUUCGUCAAAUCGUGUUUGAGAUCAGCUCUCUUCCUAGCGUGCUAUGUCACCAUUGGCUUUUCAACGCCAUGCACCGUUCGACCUCUUGUCGGCAAGGAGCGACAUUGGAUCUACAUGCUUACUGGUCUAGUGUGUGGUAGUAUGACUAUGAUAGAAGCUAGAGGACGUCAAUUAGAACUUGGUCUCUACUGCUUGCCUCGUGCUCUCGAGUCGUGGUGGAAGUGCAUGGUCAAGUGGGGUUAUGCCCGUAAUGUCCCACAUGGAGAUGUUAUCUUAUUCAUGGGCGCCAUGGGCAGUCUCAUGACAUUAUACCAGACCGAACCAGAUACCAUUAACCGCCAUUAUCUUAGCGUCAUGACUCGAUUCUUUGGCAGGAACUAA